AAUCGUUUAGACCUUCUGCGGGCGCGGUGGCUGCUUGGGUGUCCAAACAAACAAAAAAUCAGUCCACCCACAAUUGUCGCCCCUUAAAUUCUUUCCAGUGAACGCCCUGGCCAUGGCAUCGGCCUCCAGCAGCAGUGCCAAGAAUCUUUUCAGCGAUUCAAAACGCAGAUUAGCCGAGCGGGUUGUGGUGAAUGUGAAUAACGCAUCCUCGGUGGCUCGGCAAAUCGUCCGUGGUUCCAAAUCGAACGAGAUCCUGAUGCAGGCAGCCAAAAACUUUGCCUAUCACGAGAGCUCGGUCGAUAAUAGCCUCCAGAAUUUGAAGAAAAUGGAAAUCAUCUUCCAGCACCUGAAUUACCAGCAGGAAGCAAUCGCGCAGGCCGCCGACAAACUGGAGUACGUCGAGGAGCAGGUGAAGGCGAUGGAGAGGUGAUAAAGCAUCGUGAUAAGCUCGUGGAAGAUGGUUUUUACUUACGCUUAAAACGUACGGAAUUACGGAACGUACGCAUUAAUUUGUGCAAACAACAAAAAAACAUUCGCUGUUUGUUGAACUGGGCUGUCAAAAAUAAAAUCCAAUAUGGCGACCGAAAAAGGGCUAUGACU